UCUGCGCAGUUGCUGUUAUUGUUUCUGCCCGGCCGUGGCCCCGGAUGUUGUGGCUGCUGGAAGGGAGAUGGAGGAGGCCGAAGGGGUGGCCGCGGCCCCGGGCCCAGCUUCGGGGUUGGCUUUCAGGAGCCGCCGAGCUACGUCCGCCUCCUGGGAGCGCGACCAGCAGGUCGAGGCGGCGCAGCGGGCCCUGGUGGAGGUGCUGGGUCCUUACGAGUCUCUGCUGAGCCGGGUGCAGGCAGCCCUGGUGUGGGAGCGGCCCGCCAGGAGUGCCCUGUGGUGCCUGGGGCUGAACGCGGCGUUCUGGUUUUUUGCACUGACAUCCCUUCGUUUUGUGUUUUUACUUGCAUUCAGCUUGAUGAUCAUUGUCUGUAUUGACCAAUGGAAGAACAAAAUUUGGCCCGAGAUAAAAGUGCCAAGACCUGACGCAUUAGACAAUGAGAGUUGGGGCUUUGUGCACCCUCGGUUGCUCAGCGUGCCCGAGCUCUGUCACCAUGUAGCUGAAGUCUGGGUUAGUGGGACCAUUUUCAUAAGGAAUCUUUUGCUUUUCAAAAAGCAAAACCCAGGCAAGUUCUGCUUGCUGAGCUGUGGGGUUCUGACCUUUAUGGCCAUGUUGGGCCGCUACAUCCCUGGGCUCCUGCUGUCCUACUUGAUGCUUGUCACUGUUAUGAUGUGGCCUCUUGCUGUGUAUCACCAACUGUGGGAUCGAGCCUAUGUGCGACUGAAGCCAGCUCUGCAGCGACUGGACUUUAGUGUCCGUGGCUACAUGAUGUCCAAGCAGAGAGAAAGACAAUUGCGCCGCAGAGCUCUACACCCAGAACGUGCCAUGGACGACCGCAGUGACAGUGAGGAGGAGCUUGCUGCCUUCUGUCCUCAGCUGGAUGAUUCUACUGUUGCCAGGGAAUUGGCUAUUACAGAUUCGGAGCACUCUGAUGCUGAGGUCUCCUGUACAGACAAUGGUACAUUUAACCUGUCAAGAGGCCAAACACCUCUAACAGAAGGCUCUGAAGACCUAGAUGGUCACAGUGAUCCAGAGGAAUCAUUUGCCAGAGACCUUCCAGACUUCCCUUCCAUCAAUGUGGAUCCUGCUGGCCUGGAUGAUGAGGACGACACCAGUAUUGGAAUGCCCAGCUUGAUGUACCGCUCCCCACCGGGGCCUGGGGAUACCCAGGUUCUGCCUGCCAGCCAGGAUGAGGCCGCACUGCCAGAGCUCCUGCUUGGUUCCCUUCCUGGAGGAUCUAACCUUACCAGCAACUUUGCUAGCUUGGUCUCCCAGGGUAUGAUCCAGUUGGCCUUGUCAGGGGCCUCCCAGACAGACCGUUCUGGCCCACCUCCCCGAAGAGCAAGAGGCUUCCUCCGGGCCCCUAGCUCAGACCUGGACACUGAUGCUGAGGGAGAUGAUUUUGAACUUCUGGACCAAUCAGAACUGAAUCAGCUAGACCCUGCCAGUUCCAGGAGCCACUGAGGAGAGACUCCUUCGAGGGGGUCACUGUGAUGUUUUUUUCUCCCCACCCCACUUACUGUGAUGGGGCAAGGGAAGAACCCAGUCUUGUCCCCUGAAUUUUAUCUGUGUUCUGGGUGGCCUGGCUGAGGCAGAGGCCUCCUGAGAGAACAUCCUCAUUACCCUAUUGCCAGCUAGACGCCAUUUCUGUGCAUACGUCUCUGCAGUGAGAACAUGCUCCCCCAAGGGAGGCUUCUCCCCAUCAGGAUGGUACUGCGGGCAACAAAGGAGGGAUAGUGAAUCCCCUUUGAGGAGGUAGUGCUGUUUGCUUUUAGGUCUGGGUGCUCAGGGGCCCUUAUUGAUACAAGAGCCCAUAUCUUCACCUCACUGGAGCCACAGAAGUCAGGCAGCAGCUGCAAGAAUUGUCAUCUUUGUCUUCUACCAUGAUUUGUGUUCUCAAAGCAAGUUUGUCCUUUAGUUCUGCAGAACAAGGCCCACUUCCUGUCUGUGAGCCCAUCUUAUUUUUUGAUGGCUGAUCCUGAAUGCUCCAAAGUUCUUUUAGAAUUUAAGAAAUGUGAACAUUAUGUGGGCCUGAGCCUCUUCUGUAUCACCUUGAGCUAUAGGGAUCAGCUGGCUGGUAGGGCUGGUGAGUGCCUAUCUUGAGGUCUCAUGGAAUCUUCUGGAGCUGUGUGGUUGUCUUUGGUGCUGUUAACCCCCGGCUCCAUUUGACCAUCAGUCUGAGCAGUGCGCAAAGCAAUAUCAUACCCAUUUUUAUGUUCCUGUUCCUUCCCCUCUGCUCCUCCUCUGGAGAAGCAAUAAUUCCUUGGGAGAUGGCAAAAUAGCACUUUACAGAUGGUUGUGGUGUUCAUCCCAGGAGCCACCAGAUCCUCUUGCACCAGCUCUUCUUACCAUACUGCUUCCUGACUCCUUUAAGGAUGAGCCAGUUAGUAAGGAUGUAUUGGUAAUCAGCAGAGACCCUUCUGAAGGG